AUGAGCCACAAGCAAGACGACGACUACGACUACCUUUUCAAGGUGGUCUUGAUCGGCGAUUCGGGUGUGGGCAAGUCGAACCUCCUUUCGCGGUUUACGCGGAAUGAGUUCAGCCUCGAGUCCAAGUCCACGAUUGGCGUGGAAUUCGCGACCCGCAGCAUCCAGGCAGGCACAGUUGACGGCAAGACCAUCAAGGCGCAAAUUUGGGAUACAGCUGGGCAGGAGCGCUACAGGGCUAUUACUAGUGCCUAUUACCGUGGUGCAGUGGGAGCUUUGCUGGUUUACGAUAUCACAAAGUCGGUCACAUUUGAGAAUGUGGAGCGAUGGCUCAAGGAGUUGCGGGACCACGCAGACGCCAACAUCGUGAUCAUGCUCGUGGGCAACAAGAGCGACCUGAAGCACCUGCGGGAUGUGCAAACGGAGGUAGCCCAGGCCUUCUGUGAGCGCGAGGGGCUCUCCUUCAUUGAGACCUCCGCGCUGGAUUCCACGAACGUAGAGAAGGCUUUUCAGCAGAUCCUCACGGAAAUCUACCACAUCGUCAGCAAGAAGGUGCUGGACAGUGAAGACAACCGACCAAAGAUUGGCGAGGGCAGGGACCUAAUCGUCAUCGACAAGCAGCACGACGAUGGGGCAAAGAAGAAGGGCGGCUGCUGCAGUUAA